AUGAGUGGUGGUUGGAAUACCAUCGAAUCCGAUGCGGGUGUUUUCACCUAUCUCCUCGACAACCUCGGGGUAAAAGAUGUCCAGUUUGAGGAACUGCUUUCACUUGACCCCAGCGCUCUCGCGGAGCUUUACCCAAUUUACGGUGUCAUCUUCCUGUUCAAGUUCCCCACCGACACCCCUUACCGUGCCGGUGACAAGCCGUUAGACGGUACCUUUGACCGGGAUGCCUCAGAAGGCCUCUUUUUUGCCACGCAGACGAUACAAAACGCCUGCGGUACCCAGGCCUUGUUAAGCGUCCUUCUCAACAAGACGGCCGAUGGCACCUUACCAGCGGACGAGACGAUUGACAUCGGCUCGACGCUCUCCGACUUCCGCGAGUUCACCAUGGCCCUACCCCCGGAGUACCGCGGCGAGGCGCUGUCCAACAGCGAGCUCAUCCGUGACGUUCAUAAUAGCUUCGCCAAGUCAUCCCCCUUUGUAGAUGAGACGCAGCGCCAGCCCGAUGAGGCCGAUAACGAUGCCUUCCACUUCAUCGCUUACACCCCCAUUGGCGGCAACCUCUACGAGCUUGAUGGCCUGCAACCAGCGCCCAUUAGCCAUGGCGCCUGCUCCCGCGACGAAUUCCCCGCCCGUGUUAUGGAAGUCCUGCAGCGCCGCAUCGCUCGGUAUGAUGCCACGGAGAUUCGCUUCAAUCUGCUAGCUAUGGUGCGCGACCUGCGGAUCCGCGCCCGUGAAAUAGGGGACUUCGAGCUUCUUGCAAGGGAAGAGCGUAAGCGGCGGGACUGGCAAUUUGAGAAUGCCCUGAGGCGGCAUAAUUUUGUUGGUUUCGCCGCCGAGGUUUUGAAGAGUGUGGUAGCCAACAAGUUAAAGGAAGGAAAUGGGGCGUAUGAAAAGUGGAUCGACCAGGGGAAGCAGAAGAUGCUUAAAAGGAUAGAAGAACGCAAAAAAGCGGGUGCUUCUGGGGGAGCGGAAGAUGAUAUUGAGAUGGCUGGGUAG